AUGCUGGACAUCGCCUACAAACAACUGGUACAGCACCAUCGACUUCGUCAUGGGACCGAUGCAAAACUGGGCCUCCGCUCCAUCGCAUGGACCCUCGGCAGUGACACCAACAACGGCCCUCACCUCCCCGGCGGCUGCGGUACCUGCCGCGGACUUGUCGUCGUCGAUACCGGCGCAGGCACGUAUUCCAAGACGCUAGACUACUACCUCAUGGGGCAGUUCUCGCGGUUCGUGCCCCGCGGCGCGACGGCGCUGUCGACGACGGGAAGUAAGGACUACGGCGGCGGACAGAAGUUUGAGGCGAUGUCGUUUGUGGAAGCGGAUGGAUCGAGAACGGUGGUUGUGCAGAAUACUUUUGGAAAUGAGGUUUUCCUUACUGUGACGUUCAAGGGGGUUGCCGCCUGCGAGUGGGUGCGCGGGGUGAUGGGUAGGGGGCUGAUAGCGGCGUGA